AUGGCGGACAAGUAUCUGGAAAAGGAUACGCGAGCAACAAAGCUCACCGCGCUGGACGCGCAAAUUGAGCAUGUUGAAAACGCCGGUUCAGAUGUACCUGGUCAGGGCAAAAAAGCAACAAAACUGAGAGUGAAGCGCCAUUUCCGCCGUUUUUGGUUUUGUUACGUUGUCGCUGGCAUCGUAUUUUUGGCUAUCUUCCUUCCCAUCUUUUUCAUCUACAUUAUUCCUGCGAUUGCGCAGAGAGUCGUCGACGACACUAGUCUCCCUGUCUAUGCAGCGCGUAUCCUCGAUCCGACACCGGACAGCGUCACCUUUUCAAUUGAUACUUCGUUGAAAAUCCCUGCCGGCCUCUCUGUGCGGAUCGAUCCAUUCACCCUGUCUCUGUUCAACCGCGACGUGAAGCCGAUCACUCCAUUCAUUGAUGUAUCGCUGCAAGGGUACAAUCUGAAGGGGACGACAAAAAUGAGCAUCAGCAGCAACAAUACCGCUGUCCUCGACCGGGAGCAAUUUGUCGCGGCAUUGACGAAGGCCGUAUAUUCAAAACAGUUUAUCCUGUCGGCAAAGGGCUCAACACUAGGACAUUUGGGGGCUCUCAAGGCAGGCGUAACCCUAGAUAAGGAUGUGGAACUUGCGGGGCUCGACAAACUCAGUGGUUUUUCCAUUGAUGCAGCCCGUCUUGUCCUACCAGCGGAAGCAGAUGGGACGAACCUGAGAGGAACCGCAACACUCCCCAACCAUUCGGUUGUCACAUUUGCGCUGGGCAACGUCACUCUCAACCUCCUAACAGCAGGAGUCGUAGUCGGGCAAGGCUAUCUCGACAACGUCGUGUUGUCACCGGGUAACAACACAAUGCCUUUACGAGCAACACUCAAUAUUCGAACCGUAUUGGAGAAUCUUCUGGACAUUGUGGGAGCUCAAGCGUCAGCAUUGAUGGAUGGCAAAAUAGAAAUAUCGGCAUCGGGCAACUCCACCGUUUAUAACGGGCAAAAUAUUCCGUACUUUGAAGAGGUUUUGAAUAACCUCACAAUUACGGCGCGAGUGCCGAUUAUGACAAUUCUGAGCGAUACACUGAUUCUGCAUGGCGUUGCAGGGAAAGACGGGACAAAGAAGUUCCGCAAAUAUCACCGAGAGGCGUUGUUGGUGAGAUACAAAACGCUACUGAUAGGAGAGCUGGUAACCCAGCCAAAGACCCGAAAAUGGCUAUUCUUUAAGAGUUCGGUCAAAUGA